AUGGCCAACCUGAUAUCACUCCAGCUUCCUAUCACACACCCUGGAACCUAUCAUGUCAGCUUCACACCACCAACAUCUGGCAUUUUGACUCUUGAGAUAAUGACUGUACUUCCUGUCCAAUGCAAAGGUGCUCAAGUACAAACUGAUCCCAUGUUAGAUGUCAAGCAGGAUGCAGCUCCAGAACUCUCCGAGAUCUUCAAGUCUUGGGAUCACAGUGAACUUGAACCCAUAUGCACCUCUGACUGUGGCAAGAAAUCUCUCACCUCAUCACUCUUCAAUACCCUGGUGAAAGCUACAUCAAAUGACAGGGCUGGUGUUGAUGACAGCAUUACCAAGCCAGAGAGCAAGAAUGAGAAUAUCAAGACUGCUUUUGCCCAUGUUCAGUUUUUCAUUCUCUCUGUCUGCUCAUCCACCAACAGAUUAACACAGGGCAAUGGCCUCGCAAUGUUCCACCACCAAUUACUAUCAUCACAGCAAUUGUUGUGCUCGCAAGAAUCAGUUAGCACCUUUGUUCUCAUGAGGUGUAUAGAAGCACUAUAUGGAGAUUUGCUGCCUGAGUCCACCCAGCUUGAUACCCAUUCCAAGCAUCUGCAUUCCCCCACUCCACUUGCAUCAAAAACACCCAAAUGGCUCAAGGGUGAAGAGAAUUAA